AGUUGCUCUGAAACCGAAAACCGCCGCGAAUCCCCGCCGGGCUCCCUCUUCCUCAUUCAGCGCAGAGCAGCCGCCGGGCGAGGAGGAGGAUCAGAGUGGAUCCACGAUGCGGCGGAACAAAGGCAGGCAAGCAGCGCUGGUGCGAGGAGGAGGAUUAGAGGCGCGCGUACCGGCGGCGGCGGCGGAAGAAGAGGAGGAGGAGAGAAUGCCUAGAGCUCUGACGACGGAUCUAUCGUGCGAGUCCCGCCCGGCUCCGCCUCCUAUUCCGCCGGGACUCGGAUUCCGGUGGCAUGAUUCGACACGAUAGGGCGGAGGCCCUGCACUUCACGCCACGCGCAAUGGCGACCUCGAUCCUGACCGACCCCCGACGGCUUGAGAGCAACCCUAGACUAGCGCAGCCAUGUCUCUUCCGGCAUUAUUUCGCGUCGCCGGGAGGAUCCUGCCUCGCCGGAUCUCGAGCCAAGCCCGUCGUCCGCGGCGGCGGUAGGGUCGCGGUACUGGAGGCCACCCGGAGCAAGGCUACAGCUGCACCCACACAGGAACCUCGGGGAUGCUGCUGCUGCUGAACACCGGUUCACCGUCUUUCGCAGAGUGCUGUUACUUGUCACACAUACUCAAAAGGGUGAAGGAAAGGAUGAUUUAAGGAUCAAACAGUUCAAAGAGUGGAUGCAUGAAUAUGACAUUCAAUAUCCAAAUGAGGAAACAAGGCAGGACAGAUUCUCUAUAUUCAAGGCAAAUGUGGAAUUGCAUGGUUAUGAUACAUACAAAGAGUACAGAGCGGCUCUGGAUGCGCUAUACUGCAAUGAUCUGGUACAGUCUCUCCACCCUUCAAAGGUUGACUGGGUUGAAGCGGGUGUUGUCUCUCCAGUUGUGAGGAACCAAGGAGCCUGUGGCUGUUGCUGGGCCAUGGCAGUCGUAGCAUCUGUUGAGGCGUUGAAUCACAUGAAGACCAACCAGCCAAUCAUGUUGUCGGUUCAAGAGCUCAUCGACUGCGAGAAAAGGAACAAUGGAUGCAAGGGCGGUCAACUUGAGACUGCUCUUGUUUAUGUACAGAUGUAUGGGUUUUCAGCAGAAUCUUCCAACCCAUACAAGGCCCGGACUCGGAGCAGUAUCUCGGGUUGCAAGAGGGACAAAACAGCAGCAGCACGGAUAACUGGCUUCAACGCUGUCCCUGCAAACGAGUACGCUCUGGAGAAGGCGGUAGCGAAGCAGCCCGUGGUGGUCUGCUUGCAGAGCUCCUCUGGUUUGACGGCUUACAAAGGCGGCAUAAUUGAUUGUGAAACAUUGCCACUCAGCAGUGGGAUCGCGCCGCAUGCUGUCCUGAUUGUCGGUUAUGGUACGGAUCCUAAUGGUAUCAAGUAUUGGCGCUUCAAUAACUCAUGGGGACAGGGUUGGGGCGAAGGGGGGUUUGGGAGGAUCCGCAGGCGCGUCGCCGACGAGCGAGGUGCCUUGGGUAUGUUCAUGUACCCAUUAUUACAUCCGGUGUAGUUUGAUACCUGAUCUUGGUUAAUUAGGACCUCGGUUUGUGAAAAUUUUAUGUACCCCUGUGUUUGAGAGCUUGCGUUUUUGUUAUACC